UUGCCGCCGACAUCUUUCUAUUCUUCGAUCAAAGGUUCUAUGCAUACCGACACGCUCGCGCCAAAGAGCUUUUGGUAUAUUCCAGUCUAUAUUCAGUGAGUAUCAGAAUGAGUGUUCGAAGUAUGAGGCGGUAUGUUCGUGUCCGAGCAGCGCUUCUCUCAUCCCCAUCAAUUCCUGGGAUGUCCCCAGUUCUACUCUUACUUGUACCAUCCUCACCUCGCAAGACUUGCCCCCACUUCUCUCUGUUUUCAUAACUUUUCCCACAGUAUGCCCCUCUUUCCAAUGCUCCAUAUCGCAUUGACCGUUUUCGUUCUUAUUUACGCUCUCCUUGAUUCGAGAAGGCUGGGGCGGGUAGUAGCGUCUCCCUGGCCUACGUGCUGCCUGUCACGAGCUCAUGGGUCAAACCUUGAGAUGCCAGUCUUCCAUGCAAAUUCUGCAGUCAUCUAUGCAUUGGAAAAUACUGUACAAAGUCUCGUUUCCUUUGCCGCCUCAGGUUAGGGUCCCCACGUGCUGCAGCCAAGAUCGGCCUCU